CGCGGCGCCCCCGCCCGGCUCUCCGGGUUCACUCUCGGUCUCUCACUCCGUGAGACACAGACGGUAGCUUUCCGACCGAGCGGGGCACAGGCUGAGGCGGCGCCAGCACAACUGCCGCCGCGCGCCCCGAGGAGACCCGGGCACGAGGAAACAAGGCGAAGCCAGGACUCCUUCCCCGGAACCGACCGGCAGCUCCGCGCCCCCGCGCGACACCCUUCGCAGCCACUUCGCGGGGCGGGCCAGGACUUGGGGACGCGGCUCGGGAAGAGCCGGGGCGGGCGGCGGCGGCGGCGGCACGGGCGCGAGGGUGCGCGCACUGGGACUGGAGAGGAGUCAGUGGCGGGCUGGGCGGCGGCGGCCGUAGCCGCGGGUGCCUCCCCGCCUCACCGCUUCGCAGGCAGCACCGCCUCCCGGGCCGCGGCCGCCCGGCCGGGUCCUCUGCGCGUUCCCGGGCCGGGAGCCGGCACACGAUGCGCCCGGCUGCGUUCUGAUCGCCGCCGCGCCUCAGCCUCUGCCGCGAUGAUCCCCCCUGAGCAGCCGCAGCAGCAGCUGCAGCCGCCGUCGCCAGCCCCGCCGAACCAUGUGGUGACCACCAUCGAGAACCUGCCGGCCGAGGGCAGCGGCGGCGGCGGGAGCCUGUCCGCCUCCUCCCGGGCUGGCGUGCGCCAGAGGAUCCGCAAAGUGCUGAACAGGGAGAUGUUAAUCUCUGUGGCCCUGGGCCAGGUGUUAUCCCUCCUUAUUUGUGGAAUUGGCUUGACUAGCAAGUAUCUGUCAGAAGAUUUCCACGCCAACACACCAGUCUUCCAGAGUUUCCUCAAUUACAUUCUUCUCUUCUUGGUCUAUACCACCACACUAGCCGUCAGACAAGGAGAAGAAAACCUCCUGGCAAUUUUACGACGAAGAUGGUGGAAGUACAUGAUUUUGGGACUCAUAGACCUGGAAGCAAAUUAUCUGGUGGUCAAGGCUUACCAAUACACAACUCUGACCAGUAUCCAGCUCCUGGACUGUUUUGUGAUCCCAGUCGUGAUUUUGCUCUCCUGGUUCUUCCUGCUGAUCCGGUACAAGGCUGUGCAUUUCAUCGGCAUCGUUGUCUGCAUCCUGGGAAUGGGCUGCAUGGUGGGAGCAGAUGUGCUUGUGGGAAGACAUCAGGGAGCAGGGGAAAAUAAGCUGGUAGGGGACCUUCUGGUCUUAGGAGGAGCCACACUCUAUGGUAUUUCUAACGUCUGGGAAGAAUACAUCAUCCGAACUCUGAGCCGAGUGGAAUUCCUGGGAAUGAUUGGUCUCUUUGGAGCAUUUUUCAGUGGAAUUCAAUUAGCUAUAAUGGAGCAUAAGGAACUGUUGAAGGUGCCCUGGGACUGGCAAAUAGGACUGCUCUACGUUGGCUUUAGUGCCUGCAUGUUUGGUCUCUACAGCUUUAUGCCAGUCGUCAUAAAGAAAACCAGUGCCACUUCAGUCAACCUCUCCCUGCUCACAGCAGACUUGUACAGCCUGUUCUGUGGAUUGUUUCUCUUCCACUACAAGUUUUCAGGACUUUAUCUCCUGUCUUUCUUCACCAUCCUCAUUGGGCUGGUGCUCUACUCCUCCACCUCCACCUACAUAGCCCAGGACCCCCGAGUGUAUAAGCAGUUCCGCAAUCCUUCAGGACCUGUUGUGGACUUACCGACCACAGCUCAGGUGGAACCCUCAGUCACCUACACCAGCCUGGGCCAGGAGACCGAAGAGGAGCCUCAUGUUCGUGUGGCCUAGGAUUUCCUUAGUGAUAAUAUGGAAAUUAAUCAAGGCACUGGAAAAAGCCAUGGUCCUCUGCCCUUUUAAUUCUGUGACACCUUUUUAAAAAUACACCAGCAUGGAAAUUACCUUUAUUGUGGAAAAUCAUUGGUUGUGCCACCUCCUAACAAAGUCAAGGUGCUGAUGUGGAGCAGUCUUUGAAAAUGGCUUAAAUGAUCUGGCCACUUUGCAGUGGUAACAAUGUCAUCAUUGAAAAAGUCUGGCAUUUUGGUCAUAUUUGGCAUCCAUUCAAUAACAGAUAUAUUGACACGACAUUCUUUUUCUUUUUUCUGUUUUUUUGAGAUGGAGUCUCACUCUGUCGCCCAGGCUGGAGUGCGGUGGCACGAUCUCAGCUCACUGCAACCUCCGCCUCCGGGAUUCACACCAUUCUCCUGCCUCAGCCUCCCGAGUAGCUGGGACUACAGGCACCUGCCACAACGCCCAGCUAAUUUUUUGUAUUUUUAGUAGACACAGGGUUUCACCGUGUUAGCCAGGAUGGUCUCGAUCUCCUGACCUCGUGAUCUGCCCACCUCGGCCUCCCGAAGUGCUGGGAUUACAGGCGUGAGCCACUGCGCCCGGCCGACACGACAUUCUUAUGGACCCAGAGAAUACUGCAGGAUCCUGAUAAGACCUUGAGUGAUAUGUCACUAGUCUAAUCUGUUGCCCUUAAAAUAGCCCUUUUUUCAAACACAGGAAAUUAAGAAACACCACAGACCUCUAUUAUUUAGAAUAGAUUCUAUGUGUCAGUAUGUGAUGUACUCUUUUAGUUUGACUGACUUCAAUACCAUUCAAAAAGAUCCUCAAUGGAGUUACAGGGUUUAUAGGGGAAAAAUACAUGUUUAUGAGACAUUGGGCAAUUCAAAUCAACAUGUGUUACAUAAGCAAGCAAAGCAAAACACCAGUGGGGUCUCUGGAAAGUAAAAGGACAGACUACAGUAGAAGGACUGAUCCCAGAGUGCCUGUACAAGGCCUAAAUCUGGCAGGCAAAAGCAUCCCACACUGUCUGUCAGCACCCACAUGGCCUUUUUGCCUGCCUUCUAUAACGGGUAAGUGGACCUACCCUUGGAGAUAGAGAAGAAAAAUUAUCUUCUCUGAUAUUCGGAUGUAAUGGUCAUCUCAGUUCAGCCCCCUAGGAAACAUGUUUUAUUUUCCAUGGGGAAAAUAUCAGCGUUAAAGCUCUAUCAAAUCAAAACAACUUUGCCAACAUCUUCUCUCUGCUACCUUUUAAACCAAUUAAAUACCUUUCUCUGAAUAUUUUGUCCAUUCAGAUCCGAAGACCUUUAAAGACUGUGGUUUUAUUUUUGUGUUUACAUUCCUUUGGUUUGAAUAAUUUGCUUGAUUUAUUGCAUUUUUAGUAUUUAUUUUAAGCCAGAUGUUUUCGUCUUUGAUUCAUUUUUAUGACAUUAAUUUGUAGACACUUAGUAAAGUCUUAUGAGAAGCAAGUGGAUGAAAUUAUCUCCAAGUCCACUCAGUAGACUGGAGUUUUUUAAAAAUAUAAAUUUCCAAAAAGUUUGCAAUCAACAGAUGGCUAAAGGUUGCCAUCUGAAUUAUUUUAUAGGAUAUUUUAAUUGACUCCAUUGUAUGGAAACCAAGUGUGAAUGUUAAGAUGAAUUUGCCGUAUACCCUUUAUCAUUCAGUGUCCUUGUACUCAGACUUUCAUGUCCCUGGGUGACCUCAAUGUGUUGGUUUGUCUCCAUUUAGAAAGGUUUAUAAUAUAUUGAAUUGUUCAAGAUCAGGAGUUCCAGACUGACCCUCCAGGAAAAAAAAAAUUGCAAAGAACAAAUUCUUUUUCUGUGUAAAAAACACUGAUCCUUUGGGAAUGGGGCGGGAAAUGGGAGUAGGACAACAUUAACUUUAGCUGUUUUAGUUUCUGAGAUUUCAUAACCUCAGUAGACACCAGCAAAAUUUUCAGUUUUUAAGUCCACCACCAAUCUCUCCUCAAUGAAUAAGACUUUAGCAAUUUGUAUAGAAUUUGAUCAGGUAAGAGCAAACCACAAUUCUCCUAAACCCUGCUAGAGAUUAAGUGGUGGUUCUCACUUCCUCAAUGAAAACUUGCACUGGGGACAGCGCUUGCCUUGGUCAGACCUUCCCACAUCUACAUACUCUCAAAUACAUGACCAGGUGAUCAAGCAAUGGAAAAAUUUGCACCACCGUGUCCCAUGAAAUUGUUUCAAUGUUUAGUUUAGAUAUUGCUAACUUGUGCUAUUAACCUUUUGACAAGCGUGUAGUAUUGUUUGUUUUGGGUUUCUUUUUGAUUUAUAACUAUUUAGUAGUCCCCAGCUAGCUACCAGUACAGAUUUUACCCCAUGGGUAGGAUUCUAUUGUUAAGCCACAUAACAAAGCACACUAAUUCUGACAACACUGCAAAUGGAAAAUACGAACCAAAAAAAAGUUACACCGAUAAGUUCAACAAACUGUCCAUUUUUGAUAUUUGCAUGCUCCCCUAAGGACUGGCUGUGGCAAUGUAAUGCCUGUAUAAUGUUUUCAAAUAAAAAUAAAUGCUUUAUGAAAGCACCGAA